AUGGUGGGUGAGGGGGUGGCAAGAGGGGGUUCCUCCUGCCCGCGUGCCCUACGGUCGCACGCGCAGCUCCGCCCCCGUCCCCCUCCCCCCCCUCCAUGGGGAUGGCGGGGAGAGGGGGGGGGGGAAGCUUGGAGGUUCAGGGGGGGGCAGGAGGGGAUCUGCAGCACCAGGUCCCCCACCCUUCUCCUACCUCCCCCUGCUGCGGGAGCAGCAGAAGGGGGGAGGGGAUCUGCAGCACCUGCCCCCCGGCCCACCCCCCCUCCCCCCCCCUCCAUGGGGAUGGCGGGGAGAGGGAGGGGAAGCUUGGAGGUUCAGGGGGAGGCAGGAGGGGAUCUGCAGCACCAGGUCCCCCACCCUUCUCCUACCCCCCCCCCCUGCUGCGGGAGCAGCAGAAGGGGGGAGGGGAUCUGCAGCACCGACCCACCCUCCCCCCCCACCAUCCUUCUCCUAUCUCCCCCUGCUGCGGGUGCAGCAGUGGGGGGGAGGGGAUCUGCCAUCCCCCUGGUGCGGAUGCGGCAGUGGGGGGAGGGGACCUGCAGCACCUGCCCCCCCCCCCCCCCCCCCCCGGCCCACCCCCCCUCCCCCCCCCUCCAUGGGGAUGGCGGGGAGACGGAGGGGAAGCUUGGAGGUUCAGGGGGAGGCAGGAGGGGAUCUGCAGCACCAGGUCCCCCACCCAGGGGGGGAGGGGAUCUGCAGCACCGACCCCCCCCCCCCCCCCCCCCCCCCCCCAUCCUUCUCCUAUCUCCCCCUGCUGCGGGUGCAGCAGUGGGGGGGAGGGGAUCUGCCAUCCCCCUGGUGCGGAUGCGGCAGUGGGGGGAGGGGACCUGCAGCACCUGCCUGCCCCCCCCCCCCCCCCCCCCCCUUUUUUCUCCUCCAUCUCUCUGCUGCGGGUGCAGCAGUGGGGGAGGGUAUGGGGGUGGCGGCUAG